AUGGCCGCGUUGCAAUCGUUUCAGGCAAGGCAAGGUAUUCGUGUAAUUAUGGCUACUCUCUUCGUGGUCGAUCUGAACGUACUUGCCUUAAUGGGCAAUGGUUGUCCAAGUCUCGCAGCACCUGCAAACGGACGCGUUAGGAUCAGCUCAGGAACGGCGUGGUACUCAUGCAAUAACGGUUACUCUAUUCGUGGACCAUACAAGCGUACCUGCACUAAUGGACGAUGGGCAGGCUACACACCCUCCUGCAAAAGAGACUGUCCAACUUUGAGUCGUCUCGUCAAUGGUCGUGUCUCUGUAAAGCAAGAUGUUGCUACAUACACAUGUAACUAUGGCUACUCUCUUCGUGGUCUAGCUCGACGUGUCUGUAAAUACGGGAGGUGGUCUGGUUACAGUCCAACGUGUGUCGGAAAGUGUCCCUCUCUCAGUAACCCAACAAAUGGCCGUGUUUCUAUAAACGGGAGAACUGCAACAUACACGUGUGACUCGCGUUACACUCUUCGCGGUUCAGCUGUGCGUCAGUGCAGUGGAAGUCGGUGGUCUGGUUAUGUUCCAACGUGUUUACAAAGUUGUCUAGUCUUACGAAGUCCUCUCAAUGGUCGUGUGAGUAUUGAUGAUGAGGUUGCCACAUAUUCGUGUGACUACCUAUAUCGACUUGAGGGCAAGAAGCAGCAAACAUGUCAGAAUUCUGUCUGGAACGGAAAACCUCCUAUUUGUGUCAAUAUUAGGAUCAAAGCAUACUUUUUUGUCUCUGAGAGUGCCUGUUCACCUUCGUCCUCUAGACCAAAUUUAUGA